AGUGGCCUAUAAAAAAAACAUAUCUGUCAAAGCCCCCUCAAUGCAAUCACGCCAACAAAGACUAUUACACUGUGAGGAUCUCAAAGCUAAAAGCUAACUAGCAUCUCGCAAUCAAGAGCUCCAGCAAUUUACCGUCAUCGAGGCAGAGAGAGAGAGCACAGACUUUCCGAAAGUGGAACUUGUGUGGAGAAAUGGCCGAGAGCAAUCAGCAGCAGGGCUUGUUGUGGAUAUCCCUGGAGUAGAAUGGAUGGGAGGAGCAGGGGCGGAGCCAGAGGGGUGGCUUGGGGUGGCCCACGCCACCCCUGAGAUUCGAUUGGCCACCCCAGGUGCCACCCCAAAAUCCUACUCUACGAUUGGCCAUUAACGUGGUCAAAGGCGGAACCUUUGUUGACGCACUUUGCUGCCUUUAAAUCAGCGCGGGAGCUUUGGCAGUCAGACACCAGAACUCAGAAAUGUAAGUAGCAAGUGUUUGACAUAAGCUAACCAACGAUACAUGGCUUAUUGUUUUUUUAGCAUGUGAGUGUACAGCAGUAUUUACGUUACUUGUGCUAGCACGCAAAGAUAUCUAUUUACCCAUCACAUCUGCCUUGUUCUAUAGGCUAUACAUCUGGAGAUAGUUAUUUGUGUUUCCAAAAUCAUAGAAAUUAUCAUUACAAGACACUUACAGCAUCUCCUGUAAUCCAAGACAGAUUUUCUUCGAGUUGUUAGGCUUUAGAGCAUUUAUUUUAACAAACGACAUGGAAAACAUAAUUAAUUUCAUCCACAUAUCCUUAUGCACAAUGCACAACAACAAUUUAGUUUAAACCGUGAGAAUCAAGGCCGUCAGGGCCUUAAAGUGACAGGCACUGAAUUCGACUUGCACAUUAACAAUGCAGUAAUGACAUGAAAGAGUAGUCUAUAUCGUUUAAACUUUAUAAAUAGUAACAUAUUAAUAAAAAGUAUUUAAACAGUUAAGUGGUCAGACUGACCAGACUGUCUCUUCCUGUCUAAGUUUGCCAGAAUGUGUUCCAAUAUGGGCUUUAUGUGGUUUAGUGAAAGCCCUGGCUACAUGAGACUGCUGCAGAAGUAACUCAGGUCAGAGAAGUUUUACGGCACAUUAGAUGCUGAGGUAAUCACAUCGUGAAGUUUAAACCACUCUCCUUGAGAAUCCAACCCAAGUGGCCUAUAAAAAAAACAUAUCUGUCAAAGCCCCCUCAAUGCAAUCACGCCAACAAAGACUAUUACACUGUGAGGAUCUCAAAGCUAAAAGCUAACUAGCAUCUCGCAAUCAAGAGCUCCAGCAAUUUACCGUCAUCGAGGCAGAGAGAGAGAGCACAGACUUUCCGAAAGUGGAACUUGUGUGGAGAAAUGGCCGAGAGCAAUCAGCAGCAGGGCUUGUUGUGGAUAUCCCUGGAGUAGAAUGGAUGGGAGGAGCAGGGGCGGAGCCAGAGGGGUGGCUUGGGGUGGCCCACGCCACCCCUGAGAUUCGAUUGGCCACCCCAGGUGCCACCCCAAAAUCCUACUCUACGAUUGGCCAUUAACGUGGUCAAAGGCGGAACCUUUGUUGACGCACUUUGCUGCCUUUAAAUCAGCGCGGGAGCUUUGGCAGUCAGACACCAGAACUCAGAAAUAUUCAGACAAGGGUGCUGGAGACACUUCAGAUCCUUAUAAGGGUCCAUCAUCAUCAUCUUGUCUCACUGGUUGUCCACGUGCAGCUACAAACCCAACCCCUGGACCUCAUGAUAUCUCCCAAUCAAGGGCAGCAGAUCCAACUCAACCUGUGCUGAGGAUGUUUCCCAAGACCACACAAGGUCAGAAAAGAAGGGCAUUCAACCCGCAGUGGUACAGCAAGUAUUCUUGGUUAGAGUAUUCUGUUAGCAAAGAUUCAGCUUACUGUUAUGCAUGUAGACAUUUCUCACUCCCUUCAGCGUCAGAAUCAGUAUUUACGUCCCAGGCAGGUUUUUCACAUUGGAAGAAAGCGCUGUAUAAAGAUGGAGGCCUUACAUUGCAUGACCGGUCUGACAGUCACGUUAAUGCAAUGUUUGCUUGGAGAGAAUAUAAGAAUCGUAUGCUGUCUGAUUCUGGGUUAAUGGAUUUAAUCGAUCAAGAGUACAAAAGAAAAGUUGAGGAGAACAGGAGAUACAUAAAAACAAUUGCAGAGGUUCUGUUGUUAACAGCAACUCAGAAGCAGGCUCAGAGGGGCCACCGGGAGUCAGAGGACUCUGACAAUAGGGGGAAUUUCAUAGAAACUCUAACUGUGAUUGCUAAUCAUGAUGCCCUUAUAAGUGAGAAAAUGAGGGAAAAGGGGAAUGCAAAGUACACAUCUGGAACCAUCAGAAUGAAAUUCUGGAGUGUCUUGCAAACAUGGUGAGGGAUGACAUUGUAAAGGAGGUGAAGGAGAGUGAGGUUUUCUCAGUAAUUGCAGAUGAAAGCAAAGACCUCCAGAAAAAGGAGCAACUGUCGUUGGUAGUGAGGUAUUACUACAGUGGGGCUAUACAUGAAAGUUUCCUUGAUUUUCAGCAUGCUCAGGAUUUGGAUGCUAAGGGACUUAGUGAUAAAAUCAUACAAUGCCUUGAAAAAUAUGGGCUCAAUUACAAGGAGAACCUGAUUGGGCAAGGCUAUGAUGGAGCAGCUGUGAUGAGUGGGAAACACUCGGGUGUGGCAGCCAGAAUUCAGGCAGAGGCUAAACAGGCAUUUUAUGUCCACUGUAAUGCCCACUGCCUGAAUCUAGUCUUAGUGGACACCGUGAAGUCAGUGGCAGAGGUAGAUUGUUUCUUCACCCUCCUCCAAAGACUCUAUGUGUAUAUGACCGGGUCCUAUGUACAUCAAAAAUGGAUGGAGGUUCAAAAAGAUAUGUAUGGUGGCCAAUGCAGAGAGUUGCAAAAACUGAGUGAUACACGAUGGGCGUGUAGAGCAGUGGCUUGCAGGAACUUAUUGGAUAGAUUACCAGCCGUCCUGCAUGUUCUUGAGCUGAUCAGUUCAGAGGACAAUGGGGACAGAUCUGUUGAUGCUCGAGGUUUAUUAGCACAGAUUGACCUUACAUUCAUAGCCUUACUGACAACUUUCCAAAAACUCCUUGGAACCACAAAGCGACUCUCUGACCUGCUACAGGCCCCCUCACUUGACUUAGCCAUAGCAGUUGAUUUGAUUGAAUCACUUCAUGCUACAUUUCAGGAGUACAGGAACGAGACAUUUGCACAUGAUUUGUGGCAAGAAAUAUCUGAUACAGCCAAGCUGUGUAAUGUAGCAGUUGAAAAUGUCACAAAAAAGAGAGAACAGAGAGUAAGCUCAAAACUGGGUGGGUCUCAUAUAACUUGUACUAUAGGCCUACGCAGGGGUGAUGAGGACAAAAACUCAUUUAGGCAAAGGUUACUGUACCCAAUCCUAGAUUGCAUCAUGAGUGAGAUGGACAGAAGGUUUUCAAAGUCAAACUGUGUACUCAUGAAUGGGAUACAGGCACUGAACCCUCAAAGCUGUACAUUCCUAGACAAGGUUCAAGUCUUACAAUUAGGUGAUUUGUAUGGCAGUGAUCAAGAGGACUUGACCCAUGAGCUGCAUCAGGCCAGAAGGGUUGUAAAGAGAAAGAUGGACAGUGGGGCAGUACAAUUGGGAAGUGUUACAGACUUCACUGUAUUUUUGGAACCCUAUAAAGAGGUGUUCCCUGACCUCUUUAGGCUUUGCAAGGUUGCCACAGCCAUCCCAGUGAGUACUGCAGGCUGUGAACGGAGCUUCUCAGCCCUGAAGCUAAUAAAGACACACUUAAGGACCACCAUGGUUGAUGGUAGGCUUAGCCACUUAGGUGUGUUAAGUAUUGAAUCCAGGAGAGCAAAAGCUUUAAAUAUGGAUGACUUUAUCAAGGUUUUCGCCAGCUCACACAAAAAUCGGCGCAUUCAGUUGUUUUAACAACAAUAUAUAGAUGGUCAAACAAAUUGUAAUUCAUUGUUCCAUGAAUAAAUAGUAUUUAGCCGAGAACUUGGAUUUUGGAUAUUAACAGCUAUAGAAAUAGAUGGCCAAAGAUAUUAUGUUUGAGUUGUUAUUGUAAAAACAAAAAGUCUUGAAGGUGUAUUUUUAUGUUUGAGAUGUUUGUUUAUUUAUAUUUGAUUUUAUUCAAAUAAAAAUAAAUUUAAUGUAAGAGUACAGCCUUUGUCCUUCAAUUUAUGAGUAUGGUGUUUGAUGCAUGAUUUUAUGAUGCCACCCUUGAAUUAAUCAGUGCUCCACUAAGGCCACCCCUAUUAAAAAAGUCUAGAAUCGCCACUGGGGAGGAGAAAAAGAAUACACGGAGCUUUAGCAAUAUAAAUACCUUCUUUCUCUUUUUCACUUGUUCUGCCUAUCAGAAGAGUGUCACCACGGGUGCUGAGAGGCAAUCACAGACUCGUUCUCUCGUUAGCUGCCAGCGCUAUCACCCACUCCUGCCAUUGCUUCGUCUUCGUCUUCACCAGUCCUCGCUCGGUUCCCGCUUGCCCUGUAAACGCCAUUUCUCUCUCUGAA